CUUCAACAAGUAUUAGAAAGGGGGGUUUAAAAUAAUUUGAGCAAAGAAAAUUGGGGAAAAAGUAAAUGAAGCCAAAUUUCUACGAAACCCCAAUCGAGACGCAGAUUCAAUCUCCAAUUGGGUCAUGAAAUCUGUACCCUUCGCCAGAGGGGUGAAAGUUAUUUUGCUGUACGUUAUUCAGCGAUAGCAAAAAAACAAUGUAAAAAAAGUUCUAUUAUAUUGAUCGUCCGAGGCGAUCGACAUUGUGUAUGAACAACUGUUUGCAUCUAUGGCUAGUCGAACAACUCGUGCCCGUAAAACUCAAGUGUCACAGCAGCCCGAAACCCAAUUACGUGCAAAGUGGACAGCACAAUUGACCAAAACAUUGGCUGACUUGAUGGUCGAUCAGAUUCACAAAGGAAACGUAUCGAACAAGUCAUUUAGUAGGAAAGGGUGGAAAUUCAUUUGUGACAACUUCCGUAUUCAGACAGGUUACUGGUGGGAUAACGAGCAGCUCAAGAGCCGUUAUGUCACCUUAAGAAAACUGUAUAGCAAUGUGAAUUUUCUACUCAACCAUCCGGAUUUCAAAUUGGACGAAAUAACUGGUUCGGUAACAGCCACCGAUGAAGCAUGGGAUAGAUACAUUAAGGAACAUCCGGAUGCCGAAACAGUGAGGAGUACGGGCUGUCCCAUAUACAACCAGCUGCGGACAAUAUUUGCCGAGCCAAGGGCUCACGAGGAAAUAAACGGGUCAUUAAAGGACCAAGAUGCAAUUCCAUCUCCUAGCUACCCAACUGUGAAGCUAGAGGAGCUUUCUCCAUCCGAGUCGGAAAAAUAUGCUGACGUGUCCAGUCGAAAGAGAGGGCGUAAAGGGAUUGAGAAUGCUAUUGCAAGAGGCAUACUAGAGAUGGCUGCAGCCAGCAAGCUUCGGGCAGAGGCCAUAAAAAAGUUCAACGGCAGAUUUUCGAUUACGGACUGUGUUGUGGCAUUGGACGAGCUUGAAGGUAUUGAUGAUUUAGUUUAUUUUGCUGCUUUGGAUCUUUUUGUGAACCGUUGUGCGAGGGAGACAUUUUUGACUCUUGGAGUGGAAAAGCGUUUGACGUGGCUGCAGAGGAAGUGUUUGACCUUGACGAAUGCUCGUACCUAAAACUUGGUUUUGAGUUUGUGGUCACAUUGAUCCAUUGAUGAUAAGGAAGUUGAUACUGAGAUUUGAAAUGUAAAUGAAAGAGAAUAGUUGUAUUUGCUGUAUUACUCUGUAAUUAGGAUGAGGUGAUGUUUCUUUUACACCACCACAUUCAGGUCAAGAGAUUUUUAGUCUAAAUUAUUUGUUUUAU